AUGUGGCGCGCAGUCAACAGAUGCACGUCAGCAUUCGUCUCUCCUUCGCCUGCCAGCCGAGCUCCGCAACGAAAUCUACGAGAACCUCUUCGACUCAUCGAGACUGUCCACAUCGGCGUUGAAGUCAAGAUUGAAGACACUGCGGUUGUGCAAGUCUGCAAGCAGAUCCGUAGUGAAGCUCUAGCACUCAUGUACACCAACUGCAAGGUCAAACUCAGCAUCAAGCCAAUUUACGUCGACCGCAUCACCGCCUGGCUGAAGGCACAACCAGCUUCCUAUUUUAAAAAACCGUCAAACCUGGCGGUCGUCUUCGACAGAUCCAUCACAAUGGCAGAGCAAGAGAAGGCUAUCCUCUCCAUGGCAUCGCUCCAAGGUCACCAGAAGAUUUCGCUCAAGCAGAGGCCCGCGUCCAGGCUUCGCAAGUUCGUGAGAGCUUUAAUCGGGACUGGCGUUGCAUUCGACCGCAUAAUUAUGCAGAAUUGGCGCUUAAAUGAUAUGACGAGGAAUGAAGCGGAGCCCUUCGAGAUGAUGUUCGAGGGGAUGCGUUCAAGAUUUAGAUAUGGCUCUGAGCGCCCUGCGCGGUGA